GGAAAGACGGAAGUUAGACCUCCCUUCCCUCCUUGUCUUUCUCAGAAAACCAAACAUGGCAUCUUGCAUGAAGAGCUUGUUUUCUGACCACAGCAGAUAUAAUGAAUCUUUCCGGAGGUUUCUCGACAAUUCCACGGAGCAUCAGUGCAUGCAACAAUUCAUGGACGAGAAGCUGCCGGGCAUAAUAGCAAGGAUUGGAGACACAAAAUCUGAAAUUAAGAUUCUAAGCAUUGGUGGAGGUACAGGUGAAAUUGAUCUUCAUAUCCUCUCCAAAGUGCAGGCUCAAUACCCAGGAGUUAGUAUCAACAAUGAAGUUGUUGAACCAAGCGCUGAACAAAUCACCAAGUACAAAGAGCUUGUGGCCAAGACAUCAAACCUCCAGAACAUAAAGUUUACGUGGCAUAAGGAGACAUCAUCUGAAUAUCAAAACAGAAUGAUGGAGAAAAAAGAACUUCAGAAGUGGGACUUUAUUCAUAUGAUUCAGAUGCUGUAUUAUGUAAAAGACAUCCCAGCCACCCUGAAAUUCUUCCAUAGUCUCUUAGCUACCAGUGCUAAGAUUCUCAUUACUCUUGUGUCCGGAACCAGUGGCUGGGACAAGCUAUGGAAAAAGUACAGAUCUCACUUACCCCGGGAUGACCUCUGCCAGUAUGUCACGUCAUCUGACCUCAUGCAGAUGCUGGACAAGUCGGGGAUUAAGUAUGAGUGUUAUGACCUUCUGUCCACCAUGGACAUAUCUGACUGUUUUAUUGAUGGCAAUGAAAAUGGAGACCUGCUUUGGGAUUUUUUGACAGAAACCUGCAACUUUAGUACAACAGCACCACCUGAUCUCAAAGCAGAAAUUAUGAAAGAUCUGCAAGAGCCUGAAUUGAGUGUAAAGAAAGAGGGAAAGGUUCUUUUCAAUAACAGUCUGAGUUUCAUAGUGGUUGAGGCAUAAAUAUCCACCAUGAGAAUGUAUUCAAAAACUAUAGUUUGAACAAUUUUGAUCAUUCACUUAUUUGUGUAUUAAAAUUAUAAAUAUAUCUCAUAGCAUAAACAGAGCAUUUUCUCUGAUAUGUAAAAUCUAGAAAAUCCCAAGAUAUUCUUGGACUUCCAUGUGGAAUCAUAUAUGACACUGCUGGUCUUAUCCCAUCCCUUCUAUCGGUAAAGAGACUACAUGCUGUCUACAUACCACAUAAUCUGGAAAAAUGAGACAACUUAGUUUCACGGACUUAUUGACAAUAAAAUCCUUUCCAUUUGUUGAUUAUAAUGGAAUUUCCUGGAAUACUAA